UUGCAAAAGCAUAUAAAAAUAUGCAUCCUUAUGGGCAAGGUAUAUUAGGUGUCCUGCAUGCAGCAAAAAAUAAUCAUCCUGAAAUAAAAGAUUAUAUUCAUCGUAUUGAUUGGGCUAAAUUUUAUAAAACGCCUUGGAUAAUUUCAUCACUAAAUAUGCAUAUGUCUAAAAUGGAGCACGAUAUUUGGAAAAAACAUAAUAACAAUACCAAUUCAGCAGAAGCUGCUCAUGCUUUAGUAAAUAAAGAAGGAAAACAAUUAAAGCUUCUAUCAGCUAUCUUACGGUAA